GGAAGAGUGAACCAGCAUCGAGCCUGGAGCAUCUCUAUAAACUGAACUCCCAGGCAGCUGUCAGAGCAGUUCUGGCUCCAACCGUCUGGAGCCAUGCGUCUGCAGCUUCCAGGUUUACUGCUGUUCCUGGUGAUCUCAGUGCCUGCCGGUAACUGUAUGAUCGGGAAUAACGGUGUGGAGUUUCGACCAUGUACUGCACUUCAAGGUUCUUGUUUCUUUGGUUGUAAGCCAGGAUGGUUAUGGGUUGGCUUCUGUAACAAUUCAAUGUCCUGUUGUAAAAAGCUAAAACUAUUUGCGCCUCCUCAAUCCAAAGGUGUGUGA